CACCUAUUUAUUUAUCAGUGCUGGACAAGUAAGUGUUCGAUUCAAGCAAGCGUACGCACGUGAUUCACUCGAUGGAGCACGGCAGUGGAUGGAUGCAUCCAAGCACUAAGCAAUCGACUAUUCACCACGGCCGCUGGCCACGGACUUCGGCAAGCCAACCAACUAUGCACUACCAGCCUCCAAUUCGAAUCUAUUCCUCUCCUACCCGUCCUCAUCCUCCUCCACUAGCGGCCCGAUCUGUCGCUGACGAUGGAUAGACACACGCCCAUUGACGGAGACAGCGCCCCGCUUGAACUCUUCAUCUCUCUUCUUUCACCUGUUGGUCGUGUGUUGCCGUCAACUCAAUCUCAGAGUCCGCCUGCCUAUCGAUGUGGAACUCCCCGAUCAUCGAGUCACCAGGGAAGCGAUCGAGAAUGGACUGGCCGACAGGGCUAUCCGCGGCCGCCGAGAUGGUCACUUGAAGCUUACGCAGACCCCUGAUGCGCCCGAUGAGUGACGAGAGGCCAGCGUGGACGUGCUCACCCGGAUCUUCAACACCAUCAGGAACUGAACACACACGAGAGAAUCAGUAUCGUGUGAGAGAACAUGUGGGCUCACCGUCAGCUGCAAAAAUUAGCCGCCGUGUAGUCGGGAAAUGAGGCGCCGCUUCGACGAGCUGCGUCAGACCCACGCUCCCAAGAUCCACGAAACCCACCCUCCUCUCGCCGCUCCCCAGCUCCCUCACAAUUCGAUUGCCUCCUCGCCCCGCACCCUUCCUGUGUCAACACCACGUACCCGGCUUGGCAUUUUGGCGACCAGCAUCUGGCCCGCAGCGCCACCGAAUCGGUUCAACACCUGUAGCGACCUGGCCUCCGGAAAAGGCCGCUGGUGCUCGAUGAUGCGGGGGUUGGGCGAGGGGGUGUCUGCAGGGGGGUCGAAGCCAUCCCUAGCCUCAAUGAAUAUCUUGGCUGCGCGUGUGAAUGUGAGGCUAGAGGCGACGUCGAUGGCCGCCGCACUGGGGUUGUCCACUGGAUGGGUGAGGUCAUGCUGACUGAGCCGAUAACUCACUGCGUACGCCUCCUGCAGGCCAGAUACCUCAUCCCGCUCUUGAAGACGCGAUCGGAGGGGUUGGGAGGGAAAUCGUCGCUGUAGAAGACGGCCAGGCCGAACGCGUAAUGCCUCGUGCGAGAUCCCCCGAAGGUCACGGCAGCAGUCGGUUGGCAACACGUCGACACGAGCUGCUCGAGCGCGACGAGGAGGCGAAGAGUGCCACUGCUCACGUCACGCCUGAGCACUUCCAAGUUGAUGUGAAGCUCGGCAAGGGUAUUGCGACAACCGCGCGAAGAGAGCGCUGCCUAAAGACAAGAGAAGAGAAAGCAGCAGGCACAAGAAGUUUGGGCACAGGCGACUGCGGUGUUGUAGGCGCAGAUCAUGAUUAUCUUGCCAACCUGCAGCAGCGCGACCUCCUGCGGGUUAGCAGCGUGCACGGCGCCAAUGCUCUCACGCCUCUGCCGCUGCCCAUAUGGUGCCGUCACACAUCCGGCGGCCUCCUUGAGCAGCUCAUCGCCCUCCUCCCGACCGCAUGUGACACUGUGCAGCUGCGAUGGGGCGGCGAUGGACUCACCACCGGCUGCUCCACCGUCGUUGUUCUUCCGCUUCUUUGGCGCCAUUCAACACCGUCGCAUUACGAGCUUUGCAUUGAAGGCCGCGGCCCUGAACACACACAUUUGCACACACAGACGUCACACACAGACCUAAGUGUGCUCAUGGAGCUCUUAAAAUUGUAGCUCCCCUUGCUCGUGCAGUGCUUGUGCUUCGCAUACGUGUGGAGGAAAUCGAGCGACUCGUCAUGAUGGUGGCACCAGAUGUCUCUGCAGUGUGGUUAUUGCCCAUCUUCCGCAGACUCGCUGAUGGAUGAAAUCAGUUGCUCGGCUGUCACAGGGAGGGGCAGCCUCACAAGGUCUUGU